AUGCCUCCGACUCCGACUCCUCCCCCACCAUAUCCUCAUGCACAAGCGAAUUUCCAACAUCCUCAAACUCCGCCCACCUAUCAACCUCCUCCUCAGACCUACUCGCAGCCCGCCGGCUCGGCUGCAUAUCAAAGGCUUCCUGGGUACAACAACGCACCGACCGCUAAUCUAGCGCACACGGCACCUUAUCCUACGCAAGCUACACCCACAUACCCUCCCAAUGUGCCACCACCACAGCACGGCCCUCCUUCGAAUAAUCCGAUGAUGAUGGGAUCACCGUGGGGUGGUCCACCAGCACCGCACGGGCGAGGAGGCUGGCCAUCCCAUGCCCACGGCAAUCAUGGAUCCAAACCACGACAUCACAACGGCAACAAGCGAGACCACACGUCUGCAUUUAGCAAGCCACAAUCAACAGUCCCUCGAACCCCAGCACCACCGCCAGUCCCCAGCUUCGGCAACCCACUCCCUUCGAAACCCCCACCCGCAGCAGAUGCCACGAGGAAACCGAAGAAACGCAAGAGAAAACACAACCAGCUGGGGCUGACACCGAAGACUGACGAUCACGAGUCAAGCGAGGAAGAAGAGGAUGUGGACGAAGAGAGCAAGCUCGCGCAAACGAGUGCCGACGCUGCUGCACCGCUUCAAUUCACCUACCGAGGCCAGACGGCGACACUGCAAUCACAGUCCGAUAUCGCAGCGUGGAUUGCCGAACGCAAGAAGCGAUUCCCCACGCAAGCUCGCAUCGAUGAGAAGAAAAAGGCUGCUGAGGAGGCCAAGGCCGCCCGUGACGCGGCCCGACUUGAGAAACAAAAGGAGCGCGAGAAGGACAAGGAAAAGCACAAGGCCAAGCAGCAGGCUCCACCGCCAAUGUCCACUGGGGAGGCAGCUACGAAAUCAGACCCGGUGCUGGACGCGGCGAUGAAGGCGCAGCGCAAGGCCGAGAAGAUUAAGCGCAAUCUCGAUCGUGAGCAGAAACGCUUCGCCAAAGCUGAGGCGGAGGCUGAAGCUGCGCGGCUGAAGGUGGAGGCACUGCAGAGGCAGGCUCAAGGUUUAAUGGCUACAGAGUCCGCUCAAGAGCAGCCUGGAGUGCCUACUACUGAGCUGCCUGAUGUGCCAUCGGGUGCUGGAGCGGGAGGCGUGGAAACUAUUGAGGAAGUUUCCAAGGCACCUGAAUCACUAUCAGGCGAAACUACAACCUCCGUUCCAGUUCCCGUCUCAGUCUCAAUUCCCACAGCAGCUAUCGACGCCGCAAACCUCGUCGAUCCCAAAUCGGAUUUGGGCUCCGAGGGCUCAGACGUCAGCGACUGGACUUCAUCCAGCGGCUCUGACUCUGAUUCAGACUCGGGUUCAGAAGCGGAUUCAGACUCCGACAGUGAUGGCAAUGACUCCGCACCUGAGGAAGUAAGUUCAAGGCGACAAGGCCCCGAGCGCGUUCCCGCGCCACCACGCGAAGGCAAGAAAAUCCCCUGUCGGCACUUUGUGCGCACGGGGCGAUGCAACCGGGGUGACCAGUGCAAGUUCUCGCAUGAGGUCAGUGAGAAAGGGCCCAAGGCAAAGCCAGCAGAGAAGGAGAAGAAGGGACGAAAGGGACUACUUCAAGCUCUGCUGGACCGGCAAAAAGAUGACGAGGACCGUCGGGCUAUGGAAGUGAUCUCUUGGCUCGGACAGAACGGCCAUUUAGCCGCGCUGACAGGUAGUGACGCGGCCAGUGUCAGUGCCAAUACUACUGCCAAUCCGGAUGCCAAUGUUCAUGAUAAUGCCAAUGUCAGCGUGGAUGUUAGCGCGGAUGUUGAAGCGAGUGCGCUGGCGAACAGUGCCCCGCAAUCGGAUACCCCUGUCUAG